AUGGUCAUAUUCACGAAUGUUCCUGCAGUCACCAUUGGUCUUUUGGCAAAGACAAUGGACAAUCAGAUCAACGUCAACGGCGUUGCUGGCAGAAAUGGUGUCCAGGUCACCAAGCAAUUGAUGGCACCCGACGGACGGACGGACGACAACGGCUUUGACGUGGCCAACGGCACAACUGGCUGGAUCGUCGUUAUAUACGAAUACCUCGUCGUCAGCAACGUCGUCGUCUGUGGAAACCUCCCACCAGUGUUUCAAUGGUGGAGCCUAUACAUUAUAGCAACAGGGCAUAAGUCCUUGGACGCCAAGCCAACAACAAGUCCCGUGUACAUCGAGUAUAUGUUUCAGACUGCUGCAGUUCCCGGCGGUUAUUUCGAUAUUGGAACUCCACAGCCUUCCGUCUUUCUUCAACCUGCUUUGCCCGGAGACUACUAG